UUUCGGAUUCAAACGCGUCUUUUUAAGUUUUUUCAGAGGCUCCGUUUGGGAACCUGUUUCGACCAAUCAGAGCGUUCGAACGGGGUUAUCUACCUGUUUGAAACGAAACGUUGACACACGAUGCAGGUGCCAGGGAGCGUAUGCUUGUCAAACCGAAUGUCAGUUCCAUUCUCUAGUCGUAAAUAAUCCUCUCCAUUCACAAAAUAAAGAUGACCACAUCUGUCCAUCCCAAGUCGACACUGGACGCUCUCCCCAAAUCUUUUGUAUCCGCGAUGCGAGUUCUGUUCGACGUUAUGGACGAUAAACGAACCGGGUACGUCCGUUUUGCAGACAUUGAAAAACGUUGGCAAGAAAACGGUUCCGUAACUCGCGGUUUACCCAGUGGGGUUAUCGAGAGCUUGCGCAAAGUUACCCCCGCUACUGGUUUAUUGACAUUCGAACGUUUCUGCGCCGGUUUGAGAAUUUGUUUAUUGCGCCACGAUUCAAAUAAACGCGCUGGUCAAAGUCAACCCAACCUUCCUAAAUCUUGCCUGACAUCUCGCCCCUCUUCGGUCCCACUGCCCGAAAGAGGCAACAGUGGGAUAUCAAUCAGAAAACCUAGUACACCACUGGGAAAAAUUAUCCACACGUCCAAUUCAUCGGAGAGACUGAUGCCGAUCAGUGUUCUCGCUCCCGUGCCGUCACGCAUGAGCCGUCACAAUACCGCAACGGUGCGUCCCAACAAUACAACCUUCGUGCAACAGAGGGCUAUUAGUAUGCCCCAAUUACAAACAGAGAUUAAGUCAUAUCAAGCGCUUCCGAAACGUGAUGCCCCCUCUCCUUCGACGUGGGGCAAGAAAGAGGGGGCUAAAAGGAUUAUGCAACCUGGGGAUCGUGAACCAAUGGACAGAAAUAAAGUGUCUUUAGCUUUGGAGAAAUGGAGGAUGAUGAAGUCUUAUCCUGCACCUAAAGAAAAUCAAGAAAAUGUAAGGCCGUUGAGGAAUGUUCCUAUGAGAAAUUCGUCGUCCUAUCCAAGUUUACCGAACGAUCAAGUUUCCAGUAGUGAUGUAGACAGUGGAGUUAGUUUGAGACCUCAAGACCGUGGGCCUGCAGCAAAAAAAGCAAGUCGAAGAAGAGAACCCAGAAGACACACUGUUUCUAAUGGAAUAGAUUAUAAUAUGAUUAAAAGAUUAAAACUUUUAGAACAAGAAAAGGAUUUCUUACUACAAGGAUUAGAUGUUGUUGAAAGAGCACGGAACUGGUAUUUACAACAGAUUUCAAAUGUUAAUGACAAGUUGGACCGUGUUAGUAAAUGGGACAUUCCACAUUCAGAAUAUUCAAUGGAUGCACAGCAUGAAAGAUUAAAUUUUCAGAUGACCAGAAUAUCUGAAGUCAAUCAGCAUUUAAAUGCUUUAAUGGAAACAUCAGAAAAGGGAUUUCCUAUCCAUAUGAAUUUAGCUGUUCACCAGAGCAGCCUAUAUAGUGCUCAAAAAACUGCAACACAGACAAUACAAAGGUUAAAAAACCAAAACCAUGCUUUGACAGAGGAAAUAGCAAAAAAGAGUGAAAUGAUAACUCAACUGGAAACAGAAAAAUCGGCUCUCAUACGAGAAUUAUUUCAUGCUCGAACAUAUCCUAAAAAAGAGCCGAAUGACACAACUUUGUGGUAGUUUUUGUUUGAUUCAUUGAAUUAAUGUUAUGUUUUUAAAUUUAUAUCAUGAGGCAUUAGAGAUGGACUUUAUAACUUGCCAUCCUGGGUAGAUAAAUAUUACAUUUUCAUAAUAGACUUGAGUAUUAUUAGAUAUACUGAAAGUGGAGUCAAUUCAGAAGUGGCCAACAUGUUUUGAGAAAUAUAUAUAAAUGUAUUUGUGUCCUUGGAAAUCAUCUAGCAAAAUUUUAAAGGAGGAUAAAGGGAAUCAAAAUAUGAGUGAAUAAAAUGUGCAUCCAGAAAUGGUACAUAUACGUAUGUAGGAAAAUGUAAAGUGAAAGUAAAUUUAUUAAAUUGUUUAAUGAGUGGUUUUACAACAGAUGCAAACAAACUAUAAUACUAAUAGAAAUACUUGACAGCAUUUAUGUAUAGAUAAUAAUACACAUCCCAAGAUUUCAGGUACAACCAAACAUUUCCAAUAAUAAGUGUCUGGUGACGAUAUCUAGCUUUAAGUUAAUGUGAGAUUAGUAUAUGGUUUGAUGCUUUGAAUAUGUUGUGUACAAACAAACAAAUCAUUUCUGGAUUCAUAUGGUAUAAUAAUAACAAGCUAUUUUUAUUCCCUCUACCAGAUUUUAUAAUUUUGCUUGUUUAAACUUAAUUGUGUUAUUAUAUACAGUGUCAGAACAUUAUAUUUUUUUUUCUAGCAAAAUGCAUAAAUACUAAAAAUAAAUAGGCAUAUGUUUUAUGCGUAACACAUCAACAUGAAUUGACUCCAUUAUUGACUAGCAAUAUUUGAAUUAUGCAAUAAAUUUAUUUGAAUUGUUGAUAAAAGCACAUAAAAAGUUCCUUGCUUGGAUAUGUUUUAUAAAAAAUAUAUAUUUUGUACAGAUGUAAUGUUUUUACU